AAAGAGGAAGUCUGCGAGUUGAAGGAAGUUGGAGGAAUGUCGCUGCCGUUAGCGUUUUUCCGUGCCGCCAUCAUGGUCGCCGAGAGGGAGGAGGACCCGCGAGGAAGAGAGGGACGCGGUCAGUCUCAUCGUCGUCAGAUCCGUUGCCGCCAUGCUUUUCCCACCGCCGAUCCGUCUUUGCCGAUGGAGACCUUGUCCCCAAGCUGCUGCACCGCCGCUGCCACCGUUGGGUUUCCGGGAAGAGGAGCUCGAACAGGAGAGAGAGAAAGAGAAAGAGAGAGUCCGCAGAGAGAGAAACAUGACUAUACACGAACAGAGGGGGGAGGAAGAACUCGCCGGAGGAGAGGGAGACUCGUCGCCGCGCCUCUAGUCGCCAGGAACGGUGCUACCGUCGCCGGAAAACACGCCAGAGCUUCCAAACUCACCGGCAACACUACCUUGCCACUGUUCUGAAUUUUAUCUUCCUUUGUCUCUGUAUUCGAUUUGAAAUUACUGCCUCAUGUUGUGGUCAUUGUCGCUGUCGUGAGAAUUGAAGUUGUUGCCAUUGCCUUGGUCCAAAUUCUGUGCUCUCCCGUUCCAUUCUACUUCAACUUUCUUCACCUUUUAAUUUCGCACUCCGGGUUCGGUCUCUUCGGUCCCUUAGGACUAUAUUGU